AAUGUCAACAGAAGCUGUACGUUUGCUCGCAGCCGUAGCUUGGAAAAGUAACUAAGAAGAGCGCGCGGACCAUGGCGGGCGGCGGGGAGGCCUACGAGGACCUGCUGCCGGUGAUGGCGGGGCGGUUGGGCACGGCGGGGCUGCUGUCGGAGCUCCGGGCGGGGUUCCGGCUGCUGGCGGACCCUUCGCGGGGCGCCAUCACGGCCGAGAGCCUGCGGCGGGGCGCGGCGGCCGCGCUGGGCGUGGCCGGGAUGACGCCCGAGGAGGCCGCGGCGAUGGUGCGGGAGGGCGACCACGACGGCGACGGCGCGCUCAGCGAGGCCGAGUUCUGCGUCCUCAUGGUGCGCCUCAGCCCCGGCAUCAUGGCAGACGCCGAGGCGUGGCUCGAGGAGGCCAUCGCCGACGAGCUGCAGCUGCUGGCCCCCUCCUCGCCGCCGCCGGCCUAGGCACCGCCGGCCAUUCGCGUCCCACCGCACGUGAUGUAUUUAUUAUAUAUUGGCCUGUGCCGUGAUUGUAAGCCCUAUUUUAAUUACUGUCACGAAUAUAAUUGUACGUACCUCAUCAACUCAUUGCUACUGUAUUAUGACUGAUUGUUACCGUAUUAUGACUGUUCUUCCAUGUAAUAUAAGUAACAAGGGACUGUGUGUGUAUUUUGUGUAACUUUUUCUAAAAAAAUUAUAUUGCUCAGGCCUCAA